AGCUUCACCACGGGGGGGGCGUGUGGCUCUGGCGUUGCUUGGGGUCAUGCCCUGCAGCAAGAUGGCCAGAUAGCGCCGUUCGAUGUGAAAUGAACGUCAAAGACGUGAUGCCAGCCAAUAUUAUGCUUCAUGGGGGUGUGCAGGCGAGGCAACGCCUGGGUGGCUGAUUUCUGCUGCUCUACGCUUCAAGGCUCUCUUGCAAGCAAUUUUUCGUGCAAUUUUUUCUUCGCACAGCCUGGGUGUGGCUUGUCCUGCACACCUUUGUGUUUGCCCAUGAAAAUUUUUAUGUAUGCUGCCUCACUGCUCAAAGCACACCACGCAGAGUUUCGCAGCGACCGGCGCGGGGAGGUCCGUUGACGGCGGCGUAGCGAUGGCGUCGCUGCGUCGCCCAUCAGCCCAGCUCUAAACAAAAAUCAAAUCA